GUGAAGCGCGAGGUGCGCCAAACGGCUGCAGAUGCCGCAAAGGUUCUCUUUGAAUGUGCGCAGAACAAGGAUCUGGACCCGUACCUGGACGAGAUCAUCAAGGCAAUGAUGGACCAGGAGUUCAUUCCUCGUGUAGUCAGCCAGCUGUCCGAGAUCGUUUUCGUUCAGUCCGUUGAGACUCCCGCGCUGGCGAUCGUCAUGCCGCUGAUCGUACGCGGCCUCAAAGACAGGGAUGAGAGGACAAAGCGGCGUGCCCUGGUGAUUGCGGACAACAUGUGCAAGCUUGUGCCGGACGUGACCGAGAUCCAACCAUUCCUCCCAACGCUCAUCCCGCUGGUGGAGAAAUCAACGCACAACAUCUCCGACCCGGAGGUGCGAAACGUUGCAACCCGCUGCUAUCGAACACUCCAGACCGCAGACAAGGCAGACAGGCGCCGCUUCAUCAGCAAGACCGCGGUGCUGAACCUCCUGCAAGAGAAGAUCCCGGACGAGAAGACGCAGCUGGUGAGCGAGCUGGUCGCUGAUUACGUGGCCUCGCUUUGCACAUGCAUCAGUGCAUGUCGAAGCUUUGAGUACGCAGAGUGGUGGCAAUGCAUCGCGCCGUACCUCUCUCCGUCGAUUCUUUCAGUGGAAGAUUGCGAAGACCUGGUGCCGGACCUUUUGGAGAGUUGCUACGAUGCGGCCGAAGGUGAUGAUGUUGAAGAUCUUGACGAAGAAGGCGAAGACUUGUGCAACUGCGUAUUCACUCUCGGCUACGGUGCCUUGACACUUCUCAACAACACCAGGCUGCACCUGAAGCGUGGGAAGUGUUACGGGCUCUGCGGUCCCAACGACUGUGGAAAGAGCACUCUUCUGAGAGCCAUCAACAACGAGCAGGUGGACGGCUUUCCUCCAAAGAGUGAGCUGGUGACAGCUUUUGUGGAGCAUGGCAUUGGUGAGAAAGAGCCGGAGUGUGAGUGGACGCCCCUGGAGUACAUCUUCGCCGACGAAACCAUCCAAGCAAUGGGAGUGACGAGCCUUGGCACAUGCAUGCUCAGAGUUUGCCAACGUCUUCACGCUCGUCUUCACGCUGAUGCUUGCGAAUCCAUGAGCCAAGGAAAAAGAAGGCUAUGCACUCAGCACAUGGGUGUUGGCAUUGUGACGCUCGCCUGUGUAAAGCUGUGCAGAGGGCAUGCGUGA